AGGAUUUUGUGACUGUACCUGAGCGCACGACAUCAUCAUGAAGCGGCCUUGUGAAGACACCACGUCCGACAGCGAUAUGGAUGAAACUAUUGAUGUGGGCAGCGAGAAUAACUACUCUGGUCAAAGCAGUGGUUCAUUUAUAAGAUGUGGCUCACCUACCACAACAUCCCAAGUUAUGGCCAGAAAGAAGCGGAGAGGGAUCAUUGAGAAGAGACGCAGAGAUCGAAUAAAUAAUAGUUUAUCGGAGCUGCGUCGCCUGGUCCCAACAGCAUUUGAGAAGCAGGGAUCUGCUAAAUUAGAGAAAGCAGAAAUAUUGCAGAUGACGGUUGAUCAUUUGAAGAUGCUCCAGGCCACAGGAGGGAAAGGAUAUUUUGAUGCCCAUUCCCUGGCAAUGGACUUCAUGAGCAUUGGCUUCAGGGAGUGUCUAACUGAAGUGGCCAGGUAUUUGAGCUCAGUGGAAGGUCUGGACUCCAGCGACCCCCUCCGCGUCCGUCUGGUUUCUCACCUCAGCAGCUGCGCCUCUCAGAGGGAAGCGGCCGCCAUGACCACAUCCAUGGCCCAUCAGCAGCAGGCCCUGCACCCGCACCACUGGGCAUUGCAUCCCAUUCCCGUGGCGUUCCUGCAACAGAGCAGACUUCCGUCCUCAGAGAGCUCCUCAAGCAGGCUGUCUGAGGUCCCACAGAGGGGUGCAGCCCUCCUGACCUCGUCCUUUGCUCACAAUGACACUGCACUAAGAGCGCCAUCUACAGGCAGUGUCACUCCAUGCGUACCGCCACUUUCCUCCUCGCUCCUUUCGCUAUCAGCUACCGUUCACGCGGCAGCAGCCGCGGCACAAACCUUCCCUCUAUCGUUUCCUGGAGGAUUCCCGUUCUUCAGUCAGAGUAUAACAGCAUCAACAUUGGCUUCUUCGGUUGUAAGCCCUUCUGUUUCCACAUCCCAACAGAGCAGCGGAAGCAGUGGGAGCAGCAGUAAACCAUACCGACCAUGGGGAACUGAAGUGGGAGCGUUUUAAGUGUUGGAUUAGCUCAAAGCUCUUGUUGCAGCUGGAAAUCUUCCAUUAUUUGUACAUAAAAGAUGUUUUGGUCACCACCACGGGGCUUUUUGUGACCAGUUUUACACACUUCUGCACAUAUGCAACAUCAAAAAUGAGAAAACUCUCUGGAAGGAAAAAAAAAAGAUUUUUACUCAUGUGAAAAUCUCAAAGGUGAUGUGUGUAAUUUCUUCAAUGUUUAAAUACUUGUACAUAUCCCAUUAUGCAGGGACAACUAUAAGUAAGCCAUUCGUUGAUUGAUUCCCAUGAAAAAUUUAAACACUGGCUCUGUGGCGCUUUUAACCCUGAUUGGUUUGUUUGAAUAUUCCGACUAGCCUGACAUUGCAACACUGGUUCAACCAAUGGCGUGAUUUUGAGUGAGUUUCACUGACAAAUAGAAGUCGGGGAAGUGUUCGGGAAAGCUGUUUGUAAACAAUUAUUAUUUUUGCAAUUCAGUUUAGUGACACUAGUGAAAUUACACACUUCACCUUUGAGGAUGAAGAGCAAUGCCAUUUUUAAAGAAAAAAUCCCCAUCAAUCUCUUUAUUCUCUCACUCAUCUACUUUGUUUUUGCAGAGAAGUUUGGCUGUUUUGCUUAAAGGAAUAUUCCGGGUUCAAUACAAGUUAAGCUCAACUGACAGCAUUUUUUGCAUAAUGUUAAUUAUCACAAAAAUAUAUUUCGUCUUUCAAAAAAAAAAAAAAAAUCUGGGUUACAGUGAGGUACUUACAAUGGAAGUGAAUGGGGUCAAUCUGUAAAUGUUAAAAUACACACUGUUUUCAAACAUAUAGCCAUAAGAUGUAAACAACAUGCAAAUUAACAUGAUUUUAGUAUAAUAAAAUCGCUUAUCAACCUUUUCGGUGCAAUGUUAUAUCCAAUUUUUCAAAUUUGUUGCCAUGACCCUGUGAUGGCGUAAACCAGAAAACCCUAAAAUGACCGUAAAAAUGAUUUAAGCAACUUAACAGCUCAAAUAAUGCACAAUAAUUAAAGUAAAUGCUUCGAUAAUUAUAAGCUUCACAUUUCUCCCUGUAGACCCUCCAAAAAUUGCCCUUAUUUGCUACAAUUGUAAGUGCCUCACUAACCUUGAUUUUUUAUUUUUUUAAGAAAAGGAGGGACAAGUAGAAGUCUUUUUCUGUAGUAAACAACAUUAUGCCAAAAAUGCUGUCAAUUGAGCUUAAUUUGUAUUGAAUACAGAAUAUUCCUUUUUCGUUGUUUCAUUUGAAAAGGGCUAUACUGUGUAACAGUGCCUGCAAAAACACUCCUAAAACAAAUAUGCUACAUUUGAGAUUUAAUGCUUUGAGAUUUUUCAGAGAAAAAGUGUAUUGUCUGAUUUUCACAAAUGCUUACACACACAGUAUUUUUUUUUUUUUUUUUGAGUAAAACAGAAAAACUUUUUCAAAGACAAACCAAAGGUUUUGCAGAUAAUCACUAAAGUGAGGCGUGAAUCAGUUUUGUAAUGAUUUAACAAUCCAGUUUGUAAAUCUGUAUAUGUGUAAGAUUCAAACUAGAGUUUAUAUUGAAAAUAGAUGAGUAAGUUGGUAUGAUGCACUUCAGUCACUACUGUUUUUGGGGAGACAGGAUCUUCUCCAUAUUACACAACAGACCUCCUGAACAAUUUAAAAAUAACAUUCAUUAAUACUCAUAUCUGAGAUUCUCAGUUGAAUAAUACUACUGUGACUUUGUUACCUUUUUAAUAACCAUGCCACAUUCUGUAAGAUGUAACCAUUUUCUAUGCAAAAAAAAAAAGAAAGAAAGAAAAAAAAAAAACAGCUGUCCUAAAGAAAUUGAAAGAGUUUUGUUUUUCAUUUGAACACAUAUGCCAUAAAACCAUCAUUCUGUUUCCUUCACCACAAAAGAUCCUGGAAUGUUAUGAGAGAAAGUAAUUGUUUUCCCAUAGCAUCAUUUGAGUUCUUGGAAUUGUAUGGUAGAAAAAAAUAUUUGUGUUCUUUUAUGUGUUUUUCUAAUAAUGCAAAAGAAACCAAUGAAUGAAACAAACAACUGCAGUUAUACGUGCCACUUCAACACUAAUAAAUCUGUCAACAAACUUUCAA